AUGGAAAGGGAAACACAAACAGUAGAGGAUGAGCGAAGAAGAAGGCUGGACAGUGGAUCAUACCGUAGAUCUCACACUCAGCCAUGGUCUUCCGAUCGAGAUGAACAAGACGACUACGAUGAGACUGGUCAUUCUGGUCGUAUCUCCAAUCGCACCUACCACCCAACCCGACUACCGUCGCCUGUCCAAGGACUCUCAUAUUUCCCUCACGAGGAUUUUCGACUUUUAGAUAUCUUGGACAUAUCACGGACUGGUAGAAGAGAAAAGACGAAUCUAUGUCAUGACUUCGAUCCUCGUGAUCUUGGUCGCUCCAACCACUCUUACAAGCCGAACCGAGCACCUUCCCUAUACCGGGGCUACACAUCGUAUAACAGUUCCUACAGCGACUUCAUUGAGAUUGCACAAGGAACUGGGGAUACUAUAAUGAUUGAAAAGGACAAGAAGCGAAGCAAGCGAGAACGUAUGCGAGACCGAAGGCCGCGCGCUGAAGAGCUUGCCGCCCGAACUCAAGAGGCGAUUCGCCAGGCAGAGUUAGAGAUAAAAACCGCUGCCUCGAAUAAGGCUGAGGAGGAAGCCGAGCGUCUUUGGAGAGCUGAUUAUCCAGAAGACCCCCAAAGUCGCCUAUGUGCAAUACGAUCUUUCAGUAAGCUUUCUAGCAAAGAUACAAUAUACAAGGACAACACAAUUGGUGAUGAAGGAAGAAUAGACGAUCUUCUAGCCUCUGUGGGCAAAAAUAUGAUCAAAAACUCCUUCCUUGAAAGAGCCUGGAGGUAA